AUGUUGCGGAUUCGCAGAUACCGAGCACUUCUUAUUCUUGCUGUCUUCAUAACAGCGAUUCUGGUUCGAUUUACACAUAUACGGGAUUGGGAGAGUUACACCUUACAAAGCCCUGUUGAUAUCCCUGAUUCCAAAUCUGCGGCGGACAAAUUCACACCAAAUGGAGGACAUCCAAUUGCACCAGAAACUCUAAAGGAGCAACCAAAAGAGCCAUUGAAGCCUGCGAAGGAAGACACUAAAUCCACUACAACCAGCAGUACAUUAACCACGUCGAACGUUAUUGCGGCUCAAACGGUAGAUACAACUCUGCCGAAGUAUGUUCUUCCAAACAGGAAGCCACCGACUAAGGGAGUCUACGAGGACGAGGAAUUUGAAGACCUUCACCCUGUCGCGCCAGAUGGAAGACAGGAUUUACCUGUUUUCUCACCAGCUCCCACCACAAUUCAUUGGUCCAAGCAACCAGAACAUUUCCCCGUACCUACGGAGAGUAUAAUUAAACUGCCAACUGGUGUGCCAAUUUCAAUCCCUAAGAUUCAAUAUGUUUUCAAGGACGAGACAACGGACGCGAAAAUAACACGAGAAAAGAGGCAGAACAAAGUGAAGGAGGAGUUCUUGAAAUCAUGGAAGGGAUACAAGAAGUUUGCAUGGGGACAUGACGAACUUUCCCCGGUAUCGACUAAAUUUCGAGAUCCAUUUUGUGGAUGGGCAGCAACCCUGGUGGAUGGUUUGGAUACUUUAUGGAUUAUGGGUCUCUAUGAAGAAUUCGAGGAGGCUGUUAAAGCCGUCGAGAAGAUCGAUUUCACCACCACCCCAAGAAUGGAAAUACCAGUAUUUGAAACCACAAUCAGAUAUCUAGGUGGUCUUUUGGCCGCCUUCGAUGUUAGCGAUGGGAAGUUUCAGGUUCUCUUGGACAAAGCUACUGAAUUGGCGGAGAUUUUGAUGGGUGCUUUUGAUACACCAAACAGGAUGCCGGUACUCCACUACCGAUGGAAACCAGUUUUUGCAUCCCAACCUCAUCGUGCAAGUUCCAGAUCUAAUCUGGCCGAGCUUGGCUCAUUGUCUAUGGAAUUUACUCGUCUUGCACAAUUAACUGGGGAACAACGUUACUAUGAUGCUGUAGCUCGAGUCACUAAUGCCUUAUCUGAAUGGCAAGAUCGUAAUUCAACCUACAUCCCUGGUGUUUUCACAGAAGAGGUCGAUGCAUCCGGCUGCAACCGUACAGCCACUCUUAUCAAACAAAACGAGAAGAAAGAAGCUGCAUUAGCAAAGGAGACCGCUCUCAGCGAUCCAGAGACAGCAGCACUAUUGGACGAGGCUCCUGAAGGAUACAAGCCUCCUUCGCCUGAGACUGAGAUAAAGGGGUCUAAAUCUAGGAAAAAGCCUCGUCCUGGAGAUAAAAUGUUGGAAAUGCAAGUCUUACCGGGUGAGCCUGGAAAGGCCCAUAUUAAGGGAUGGGGAGACGGAAACGCGAAGAAAAGAGAUCUAGGAGAAUCGGCCUUGUCGGCCUCAACCACGGUAUCUACGACUCCUCCACCAGCAGCAAAUCAUCCUCCAAAUCAUCCUCCAGUUUAUAGAAAUGGCAAUGGUCUUGGUCAUUCGUUCGCACCAGAAUUGCCAGAUUUGCCAGGAACCGGAGGAGCGGGUGACUGGGAUUGCGUUAAGCAAGGUCUCGAGGCGUAUACCCAGGGUGGCAGGCAAAAGUUCUCAAUGGGUGGUGGACAGGACUCGACAUAUGAGUAUUAUCCAAAACAAUACAUGCUCCUGGGUGGUCUUGAAGAAGUCUAUCGAAAGAUGUACAUGAAGACCAUCCCUGCCAUACGUGACUAUAUGCUCUUUCGCCCUAUGGUUCCGGGAGAUGAUGACAUUCUUAUUUCCGGAAAGGUUACGAGUACUGGCGAUAUGGAGGAGAAUUUAUUGAUUCCAGAAGUUACACAUUUAACAUGUUUCAUUGGAGGUAUGGUUGGAAUGAGCGCAAAGAUUUUCGGCAUCGAAGGCGACCUCGAGAUUGCCAAGAAACUUACAGAUGGUUGCGUCUGGGCUUAUGGCGCAACGCCAUUAGGAAUUAUGCCUGAAGGGUCAGAAGUGAUUGCAUGCGAAAGUGUUGAGCAUUGCUCCUGGAACCAAACUCUUUACUAUGAGCGCUUAGAUCCUUCAGCUCACUACAGAGAUGCCAAUCUUAAGGAAUAUAUUGAGAAUAAGGAGAAGCUCGAUGCCGAAGCGAAAGAUAUGAAUAUGAGUCCCAUGGAUGCGGACCGUGAGCAGAAUGCCUUGGCGAAAGCGAAGACUGUUGGGGGUCCUCAAGGGUAUACCGGUCAUAGGGAGACUGACUCCUUGAAGAAAGACUCCUUGGAAAUUAAAUCCAAUGACGCAGGUGCCUUCAAGCCGAAAGAUGAACCUGCAUCACUCACAAAACGUCAAAGUCAUGCGGAUACUAUGGAUGGUCCCGAAAAACAAACCAUGUUUGAGCAGAAGUCGGCAAAAACAAAGGCGGAACUGGAAAGUAUGGCUGGAGGACGUCAACUGGAAAAGGGUCAAAAACCACUUGGUAGCGAAUCAUUACCAGAUCCAUUACGCCCACUUUCUCACAAGGAAUACGUCGAAAGUCGUAUCAAGCAAGAAUCACUACCACCUGGAUUUACAAGUAUAUUUACCAGGAAGUACAUUCUCAGACCGGAAGCCAUUGAAUCUGUCUGGUAUAUGUACCGUAUCACUGGCGACAAAUCGUGGCAAGAGAAAGGGUGGAAAAUGUACGAAGCUGUCAUCAAUGCAACAUCUACGGAGUUUGGCAAUUCGGCCAUCUACGAUGUUACUGCUGAAGAAGCAUAUCGGAUAGAUGAGAUGGAAAGUUUCUGGCUGGCGGAGACGCUCAAAUAUUUCUAUCUUCUCUUUUCGACUCCGGAGACUAUCAGUCUGGAUGAGUGGGUUUUGAAUACUGAAGCGCAUCCGUUUAAACGUCCUACGGCUUAG